GAUUCCGGAUUGGUCCGGUUCCAGCACCUCUAGCCGGCCUCGUUGUGGGGUCGGCGACGGGCUCUCGCCACUUCCGGUGGGGAGGGGCGGUUGGGGGUAGAAGGCAUAGUGAACGGCUCUAGGGGAAAAAGCGAGCGGGAUGCGAUUCGACACGGUACCGGCCCCGGAACCCUGGACAGCUUGGCGGCCUCCGCGGCAGCGUCUCCCUUAACCGGGCACUGAGCUGAACGCCACGACCACAGGGCUAUCUUCCCCAGCUCUGCGUCCUCUGGGAGCCCUGCAGGGAUCCCGUUCGGGCCUGCCAGCCCCUCCCUCGAGACCUGGACUUGAGCCUCCUUCCACGGGCCGCUCCGCUCGUGGGCCCGUGGUCCACGGGGCCUCGGCCAGCAGCUACCGCCGGCUCUUCGGCAAGGGAGAACGUGCCUGCUGCUCGCGGCCAGCCUGCGCGGACCGGACCUCGGCGGGGACUAGCUCGGCAGCCAGGGCCCUGCGCCGGGCAGGGCCAGGACCAGGGCUAGGCCAGCUAGCGAGCGCCAGGGGCAGAAUCGAGGGCCGCUUUUGGCCCGGGAAAACCCACCCACCCACCCACCGGGCCUCGGCCCUCGGCCCUCACCAGGGUGGGGGCCGCACUUGGCCCCAGGAUUGAUGUUUCCCGGUGGUUUUUUAGGCUAACUUUGGGGACGGGGAGCGUGUGGGUUUUGAUGAAUUUUUCUGGGGGCUCCAAUGGUUUCCUGAUGCGCCAGGAUGUGGGAUUGAGGAGGGCGUCCGUAUUUUAGAGGGCCUGGGGUAUGUUUUGAGGGGUUGGUGGUGGGGGGGUAAUAGUAGCUAAUUUAAUUUGGAUGGGUGGGGGAAUUCCCGAACCUUCUUUGGACCAUGACAUGAACUGUGAGAGGGGGACCCUGAAGCUCAAGAGUCAAAUCACCUGAGAGGCCUCCUGGCCAACAUGGCAUCUGAAGAAGCCUCCCUCCGGGCAUUGGAAAGCUUAAUGACAGAGUUUUUCCAUGAUUGCACAACCAAUGAACGAAAACGUGAAAUAGAAGAGCUUCUGAAUAAUUUUGCCCAACAGAUUGGAGCCUGGAGAUUCUGCCUCUAUUUUCUCUCUAGCACACGGAAUGACUAUGUAAUGAUGUAUAGUUUAACGGUUUUUGAGAAUCUGAUCAAUAAAAUGUGGCUGGGAGUCCCAUCCCAGGAUAAGAUGGAAAUCCGAAGCUGCCUGCCCAAGCUCCUUCUAGCUCACCACAAAACCUUACCUUAUUUUAUCCGAAAUAAGCUCUGCAAAGUUAUUGUUGAUAUUGGCCGCCAGGAUUGGCCUAUGUUCUACCAUGACUUUUUUACAAACAUUUUACAGUUGAUACAGUCCCCUUUGACCACUCCCCUUGGACUGAUCAUGUUGAAAACUACUUCAGAAGAGCUGGCAUGCCCCCGGGAAGACCUAAGCGUGGCUCGGAAAGAAGAGUUGCGGAAGCUGCUAUUGGACCAGGUACAAACUGUACUUGGACUUCUUACAGGUAUUUUGGAGACCAUUUGGGACAAACACAGUGUUACUGCUGCCACUCCACCACCAUCCCCGACUGCAGGAGAAAGUGGUGAUCUAUUGAGUAACCUGUUGCAGAGUCCUAGUGCAGCCAAACUGUUAAACCAGCCAAUCCCUAUCCUUGAUUCAGAGAGUGAGUAUAUCUGUUCCCUGGCUUUGGAGUGCCUGGCCCAUCUCUUCAGCUGGAUUCCUCUGUCUACCAGCAUCACCCCAUCCCUCCUUACCACGAUAUUCCACUUUGCUCGAUUUGGCUGUGACAUUCGGGCCAGAAAGAUGGCGUCAGUCAAUGGCAGCAAUCAGAACUGUGUCCUUGGUCAGGAACGUGGCAGGCUUGGAGUUCUGGCCAUGUCUUGCAUCAAUGAACUCAUGUCCAAGAACUGUGUGCCUAUGGAAUUUGAAGAGUAUUUACUGCGAAUGUUCCAGCAGACUUUUUACCUCCUUCAGAAAAUCACCAAGGAUAAUAAUGCUCACACAGUGAAGAGCAGACUAGAAGAACUAGAUGAAAGCUACAUCGAGAAGUUUACUGAUUUUCUUCGUCUCUUUGUGAGUGUCCAUUUGAGGAGAAUAGAAUCCUACUCUCAGUUCCCAGUGGUAGAGUUUUUGACACUGUUAUUCAAGUACACGUUUCAUCAGCCUACUCAUGAAGGUUACUUCUCUUGUUUGGAUAUCUGGACCCUUUUUUUGGACUACCUGACUAGUAAAAUUAAAAGUCGUUUGGCAGACAAGGAAGCAGUACUCAGCAGGUACAGAGACGCCCUGGUGCUCUUGCUUACUGAGGUAUUGAACCGGGUACAGUUCAGGUACAACCAGGCACAGCUGGAGGAGUUGGACGAUGAGACCCUUGAUGAUGAUCAACAAACAGAGUGGCAGCGGUACUUACGCCAGAGCUUGGAAGUUGUGGCCAAAGUCAUGGAGCUUCUUCCCAGUCAUGCAUUCUCUACACUGUUCCCAGUUCUUCAGGACAAUUUAGAAGUUUAUCUGGGGUUACAGCAGUUUGUAGUUACUUCAGGGUCAGGUCACAGGUUGAACAUCACAGCAGAGAAUGACUGCCGGCGUUUGCACUGUUCUCUGAGAGACUUGAGCUCUCUCCUCCAGGCUGUUGGCCGAUUAGCUGAAUAUUUUAUUGGAGAUGUGUUUGCUGCCAGAUUCAAUGAUGCACUUACAGUUGUGGAGAGAUUGGUUAAAGUAACUCUAUAUGGAUCCCAGAUAAAAUUGUACAACAUUGAAACUGCUGUGCCAUCAGUAUUGAAACCUGACCUCAUUGAUGUUCAUGCUCAGUCCCUGGCAGCACUCCAGGCUUACUCUCAUUGGUUAGCACAAUUUUAUAGUGAAGCUCAUCGACAGAACCCACAACAGUUCAUCUCGCUGGUCUCCACUGCCAUGGAAGCAGUCACACCUCUUAUUAGUUCCAAGGUACAAGAGAAGUUACUCUUGUCUGCGUGCCAUUUACUGGUCUCAUUAGCCACGACAGUGCGGCCAGUCUUUCUCAUCAGCAUCCCAGCAGUUCAGAAAGUGUUCAACAGAAUCACAGACUCCUCUGCUCAGCCACUUGUGGAGAAGGCCCAGGUGUUGGUAUGCCGAGCCCUCUCCAAUGUACUAUUGCUGCCGUGGCCAAAUCUCCCAGAGAGUGAACAGCAGUGGGCAGUGCGUUCAACAAACCAUGCCAGCCUCAUUUCAGCUCUGACCCGAGACUAUCGCCACCUGAAAUCCAGUGCCAUUGUCCCACAGAGGAAGAUGCAGCUCGAAGACACCAAAGUGAUUAUCCACCAGACACUUAGUGUCUUAGAAGAUAUCGUGGAAAGUAUCUCUGGGGAAGCUACAAAGUCUCGGCAGAUUUGCUAUCAGUCGCUGCAAGAAUCUGUUCAGGUUUCACUGGCCCUCUUUCCAGCCUUUAUUCAUCAGUCAGAUGUGACUGACGAGAUGCUGAGUUUCUUCCUUACCCUGUUUCAAGGCCUUAGAGUACAGAUGGGUGUGCCUUUCACUGAACAGAUCAUACAGACCUUUUUAAACAUGUUUACCAGAGAACAGUUAGCUGAAAGUAUCCUCCAUGAAGGAAGUACUGGCUGUCGGGUGGUUGAGAAAUUUCUGAAGAUCCUUCAGGUGGUAGUGCAAGAACCUGGCCAAGUGUUCAAGCCUUUCCUCCCGAGCAUCAUCUCACUGUGCAUGGAGCAAGUCUGCCCCAUCAUAGCUGAGCGUCCCUCUCCUGAUGUGAAGGCUGAAUUGUUUGAACUACUUUUCCGGAUUCUCCAUCACAACUGGAGGUAUUUCUUCAAGUCCAGUGUCUUGGCCAGUGUCCAUAGAGGAAUUGCAGAAGAGCAGAUGGAAAAUGAAGUACAAUUUAGUGCCAUCAUGCAGGCUUUUGGACAAUCUUUUCUCCAGCCUGAUAUCCACUUAUUUAAACAAAAUCUCUUCUACCUGGAGACUCUGAACACCAAACAAAAGUUGUAUCAUAAAAAGAUCUUUAGGACCACCAUGCUGUUUCAGUUUGUGAAUGUGCUGCUUCAGGUCCUGGUCCACAAGUCACACGAUCUGCUGCAAGAAGAGAUAGGGAUUGCCAUUUACAACAUGGCUUCAGUUGACUUUGACAGCUUCUAUGCAGCCUUCCUCCCAGAGUUUCUGGCCAACUGUGAUGGUGUGGAUUCCAACCAGAAAAAUGUUCUGGGGAGGAAUUUCAAAAUGGAUCGGGUGAGAGGACAGAGAGGCCAGGCCACAGGGAAGGGCGGGUUUGGGCAACCUCAUGGCCAGAGGCACCAAUUCAUCAGAGGGAGGUUGUGUUACUCCAGUUCCAGGGAUGGACCUGCCAUCGUUCACCCAGAAUGUGCACCGACUGGUAAAUGACCUGCGCUACUACAGACUUUGCAAUGACAGUUUGCCCCCUGGCACAGUGAAGCUAUAGUGUCUGCACUGGACCCUUAUUCUGUUUACUGUCCCAACAGUACUUCUGCCGCUGCUGCCACCACCACUUCCACCUCCCUUCUCUCAGACCUCUUCAGGGCACACCAUGGACACAUGUUGGUGAAUUUGCACCCUGGGCUCCAUCUACAACCUAACCCUCCCAUUCCCGACCCUUUGUUCCUGCCUCAGCCCCAGGUGACUCACCAGCACUGUCUUCAGGAUGUGUCUUAACACCAGUUGUAGUUACCAGGGCAUUUGGAGAGGAUGGAGAGUCAUGUUGUCAGGUAUUAGGGUCUUAGCACUUUCUGUGACGUCCGGAGAUUUCAGUGGGUGGUCUGUGCAGAUCAUGUGUAUAUCAAUCAUGAGGCAGAAACGCCAAAGACAACUUAAGACAUUUGUACCUUCGCAUCAUUCCGCCUUCUUGCACCCACUUCCUCCCCCCGAGGCUGUCGAAGGAGAAAUGUGACAUCAGAACUGUUCUGGCACUUCCGUCACUCCCUAUUCUCUCCUGUUCUCCUCCCCCCUCCCCCCUCCUCCCUUCCUCUGAUCCCUCCCCCUUUACAUCUCUGCUGUUUGCAGAGAUUAGAAAGACUUAUGUUUUUGUUAUUGUUUUCUCAUCAUUCCAUUGUGAUACUAAGAUGCUUAAUGGAAAUAAAAUGCUUAUGUUGUUGUUUUAAAAGCUGGUAAAAUUAGCUUCUCUUUCCACAAAUAGUAUCUAGAAGUGUUAGCAUACUGAAAACCCUGGUAGGAGGCAGAAGAUCUGGAAGCCCUGAAAUUAAGUUAACUCUCUUGAACCUCUAAUCUUUGCUCAUGCAGGGUUGAUCUUCCAAGGCAGUGUUCCCGAGUGGGUGGGGGAUACACUGAGGAAUGUGUACAGGAUCACAUUAGGCCUCUAUCUGUGGCUUGAUUUGGGUGGGGAAAAUGUCAGUCUGGCAUGAUACUGAAUUAUUUUGUGGAUAAUAGGUAGGCAUAAGUGACUUCAAGACCAAGCAGUAGAAUAUGAUGAGCAAAUGAAGGUGAAACUAUCCACUUGCUCUUGGGAGUGAGUCCUGGCAACCUUAGUUGCCCCUGAUCAUAUUUGAUUUUAGAGGUCCUCUAGCAAUACAGCUGUUUC